CAAUAGUCAUUUAAAAUAAUUGACACUUUUACGUGUCAUAUUGCUGUGAUUUGUAGUUAAAUGUCGUUUCAGUUUGGUGGCAUCAUUGCUACAUCUCUUGAGUUGUUUGCCGCAGACUAGGCCCAAUGGAAUAGGACAACUUGGAUCACCAGUCCAGGUAAAAUCCAUCGAUCGUUAAACUGAGAAAAGAUGUAAAGAAAGCAAGAGCCUUAAUCAUCCGGAAAUUAUCGAGAAACAUCAUCCAGCUAAAAACAAAAAAGAUAUGACCGGGUGAGGGGCCCUUUCUCUGAAUCUUCUGCUCAGCCUGAGAACUUGACUUUGUGAGAAGAGGAAGACGUCCGUGAACUGCACUCUGAUCAUGCACUAAAGGAACACAGGAUGCUAUAACGAAGAAUCUGCGACGUGCAGAAAGAUUAUUGGAAGACAUCCACACAAUGAAGGAUUUGAAACCAGAUUAUGUUUCAAAAGCCGCACUUCAGGAAAACCUCAAUUGUGAAAAAGUGUGUGAAAAGCCCUCUUCCACAAGCGAGGAACGAGCAAUUGCAAGGAUCGCAUCACAUCCACUCGUGUACAAAAAAAUUGCAGCUAUUAAAGCUGCUGUAAAUUCAUUUAAAGAAGCUAGAGAAAAAAACAAAGACCAGAAGUUUCUGCGGGAGCCACAGUUGAAAACAGAGUCAUUAAAGCCCUCAAGGCAAGAAGGAAUGUCCCAUAGUAAGACAAAUAAGAUGAAAAGAGAUAAUACCAUAGGUGAGAAAAGCAAACCAACGUGUAUCAAACAAGCCAGUGCAAUUCUGGAAGAAUCUGAACCUGAAGUUAAGAUUGAAAAGUGUUUCUCUAAUGAAGAUGCCACCAAAGUCCAAGCUGCUGAGUCCGCAUUGGUUUCUCAAGUUACUGAACAGACUGAAUCUAGAGCAAUAGAUAUCGAACUGAUGAGUGCAACUCCAGAAAAAUCCAAACCCGAAGCUUUGAAUGAAGAUUGUUUCAGUCAAGAAGACACCUCCAAAAACCAAGCUGCAGGUUUGGUUUCUCAAAUUACUGAAGAGAAGAAACCUGCGCAGUUAAAUAUAGAGAAAAGAAUUCAAGUUUCAAUUAAUUCACACAACACAAAACCUAUUGAAGAAGAUAAGAGUGUUGAUGAAGAAGAAGAUUAUUUUGAUGAUAGCACAGAGGAGAGGUUUUAUAAUCAGUCAUCUAGUGAUGAGAGUGGGGACGAUGAUUUCUUCAUUGGAAAGGUGAAAAGAACAAAUAAAAGGAAGCAAGAAUCUGAUCCAGCAGCUGAUGUCAACAUUGAAAAUGAUAAUGAGAGAAAUAUGCCAAUUGGCCUGAAGGAAAUAAAGAGCAAUCUUAAUAGAAAAAAGAGCAGCGGGGAACAGACAAAAUUUGGAUCUUUAUUUUGUGGCAAUUUGUCGAGUUCAAAGGCAUCAGUGCAGAAGAGCAAUCUCCAAGGACAAGUCAAGAACAAGAAAUCUGCUGUUCAGCACAAAAGUUCUAACUCCAAAAAAUUGUCUUUUCGUGAGAAAUCCCAAGGGAAGUGUGGAGAUGCAAUUCCAAAACCACAACAAUCACUUCAUCCUUCUUGGGAAGCAAGUAGAAGACGGAAAGAGCAGAUCCAAAUAGUUGCAUUCCAGGGGAAAAAGAUCAGAUUUGAUGAUUAAUUUCUUUAAAAAAUGGUGGAAUUGCAUUGCAUUGUUUUGUAUUAAAGCAGUUCCAAAAUCAGAUUAAAAUAUCUGAAGAAAUGAUUAUACAAAUAUCAAAUACCUGUCAUGUUUCAUACUGAAAUUGCAGUUUAUAUUUGCAUUUUGUUGCAAAAUGAUCUUGAGAACUGUUAAGUUUUAAGUAAAUAAUUUACAAAAUGCUUUUUGAUAAUUUUAUGUUUCAGUCCUGAGAUUACUCAUUAUGUACAAAGAUAAAUUCUCUGCUGAAAUAUUUCAAAAUGCCUACAAUUUAAAGCAAUAAUUUCAAAAAUCUGUGCUUCUUCAUUCAUUCACACGUGUUGAGUUUUGUCUCAAUUUCCUCCAAGAAAAGAUAUUCUCAUAACUUCUGAAUCUUUAAGUGCUUUAUCAUUAUUGCCAUACCAAUAUAAUUGUAUAGCACUCCUGUGUUUAGAUUUUGUGCUUUUAAUUCAAAAUUCUGUCUAAGUCAUUGUGUAUCAAGACAAAUGGAAAUAUAAAAAAAACAAAUGGCACAAAAGGCUGACAACCUGAAAUAUAUCGGUCUGCAAAUGAGAUGCCCAUGUAGACAGAAAUUUUGAAAUUGCUGGCCUACACUGACCUUUUCCCAAUACUGAAUGGCUCAUGGCCAGUAACAUACAUGUCAGAUUUUCUACAGUUCACAGCUGCAUUUCUUCAAUCUCAAUAAGACAACAAUAGCACCACUUAAUUUUGCAGAACUCUCAUCAGUUGGAAACUCUUUUCCAAAUUAAAUGUGGUAACCUUUACAUUAAAAACAAUUGUACCUCAGUACCAGAAAAGUUCCGGGCCAUAUUGUUCUCACCUGUUGCUAGAAACUGAAUACAAAACUGCAAGCUGCUGAGUCAGCUUGUUCCUAACUUUCACACCUGUGCAUUGUAAUGUAUAAUGAGAGAAGCUAUGGUUUAGAUGAUCGACUAUAUGAUCUCCCAUUCCACCACUGGACUCGCACUGAGCCUAGCAAUAGAAAAAAAUGUAAUAAGCUCCAGAGCCAGGUGCAUUUUGUAUCGAGGGAUUACUGAGCUUUUUUGCAUAACCCUAUUCACUGAAGUUGCUGAACCUGUUUAUUAUUUUUAUCUUGCUUUUUCUUAAACUUUCUAGUUGAGUUCUAGGCCACGAGGGUAUUAUUUUUACCUACAUUUUAUUAAUUCCAUUGAAAUCUACUGGAACCAGCGGUUCACAACCUAGGCUUUUUUUUAAACUAAGGUUGAUUAAGAUUAGAACUAGAGUUAAAGGUGAAAGGUGAAAUGCUUAAGGGAAACAUGAGGGAAUCUACUUCACUCAGGGUGUUGAGUGUGAAAUGAGCUGCCAGUAAAUGUAGGUUUGAUUUCAGCAUUUAAGUGAAAUUUGGAUAGGAGGACUGUGGCUCAGAUGCAGGUCAAUGGGACUAGGCAGAUUAAUAUUUUGACUAGAUGAUCUAAGUGCCUGUUCUGUUCUGUGUUGCUCAUUGAAAUUGUGAGGUGGAUCACAGUCAUGACUGACCCGCCUGAGGCAGUGCAGCUGUGCUAUACAGGAGGGGAAAAAGUAGCCCUAAGGGUCCUCAGUAUCAACUCCAGAAUUGAAGAAGACUUAUGACAUCAGGUCAGAAAUAACCAAGAAAAUGUCCUCCUUGUUGCCAUCUAUUAUCCCUCAAAUCUUGAAUUUAGAAGAAGCACUGGAAAUGUGUAGGGUAAGACUGUUUUCUGGGUUUAGCAUUUAUGUGUUCAUCACAAAGUGUAGCUUGAUAGGACUACUCCAGAUUAAGCUCUUUACAUCACAAAGGACAUAGCUACUAGAUCUUGUCUGUAGCAGUUCAUGUGUGAACAAUUAUGGGCAACCACUUGACUUUAUCCUCAGCAAUCCAAUUGUGGAAAAUGCCUCUGUCCGUCAUAACAUAGAAAUGACUACCAGCACAACCAUUGUGAGGACAAGGUUCUGUCCUUAUGCUGAGGCCAUAUGCCUUUAUGUUGUGUGGCCAAAUAAGAUAGGCUUGGACUGGAUCUGGCCAUCACAAUUGUGGCCUGUCAAUGUACAGUCUCUGCCUGUAACUGCAUACCCCUCAGUCUGACAUUGCUAUCAAAUAAAUUGUUAAGUUAGUUGAGUUUGCUGUGAACAAUUACUGUUCUAUUGGUUGUAGGAUCUUAUUGUCACAGAUACUGAGAUAGUGAAAAGCUUUGUUUCACACUAUCCAGAAAGAUCAUGCCAUAAAUAGUUAUAUCAAGGUAGUAAAGAGGAAACAAUACAGAAUAUAGUAUUGCAUUCCCAGGGGAAGUGUAAUGCAGACAGGUAAACAAAGUGCAAGGGUCAUGGCGAGGUAUAUUGGGAGAUCAAGUUCAAUUCUACCUAGAGAUGCUGAGGCGUUAAUCUAUUGAAGCUGCACUACAGAUCUGGUUGUGUACUAAGUAACAAAAAUGCGGUGUAAUAUUUAGAACUAACAGUUUUGACAACAACGGAUUGAACCAGUGUCCUACAGUCCCAAUGUAUUUGUUUCAUGAAUGAUGGUAGCUAAUAGAAAGGAACAUGCCAAGAGUGUCCUCAUCCUCAGUGGUAGUGGGGCCUAUCACUGCUUUGUGAAUUGACAACCAUCAGACCAAAUGGAUAACACACAAGAGCUCACAGCUGAUGUUUUGUCCUGCUGUCUAUUGGUCACACAAGCGCAGGUGCCUGAUGCCAGUUAGAAACUGUUCAGCAACAGUCUCCUAUCCCAAAUAAAUGAUGGAAUCCAGUUAUUUUCUCAAAUAGUUUUUUUACUUCCAAAAACUAUUGAAAGUUCUUGAGCUGUCCCAAAUAAGUGGCUUACCUUAUUUACCAAUUGUCCAAUUAACUGGAAUCCUCUAUAUUAUUAAAAUAGGUAUAUGUCACCAUAUACUACCUUGAGAUUGAUUUUCUUGCAGGCAUUUACAGGAAAACAAACAAAAUAGAAUUUGUAAAAUGCUAUGUAGAAAUGAAGACUGACAAACAACCAAUGUGCAAAAGCAGACACAUUGUGAAAAUGAAAGAUAUAUAUGCAGUAUAAUACCAAGAACGCAGCGGAUGUACUUCCUGCGGCUCUUGAGGAAAUAUGGUCUGUCUCAGGAAUUGCUGCUGCAGUUCUAUACUGCAGUAAUUGAGUCUGUCCUGUGCACCUCCAUCACUGUGUCGUUUGGAGCCGCCACCAAACAGGAUAGAACCAGACUACAGCGCACAGUGAGGACUGCCGAGCGCAUCAUUGGAGCCUCCCUGCCCUCUAUUUUGGACCUGUACUCUUCCAGGUUGAAGAAGAGGGUGGGGAACAUCAUAAAGGACUCCUUCCAUCCUGUUUGAACUGUUUCCGUCUGGUAGGCGCUUCAGAUCCCUCCAGAGUAAGACUAAUAGGCACUGGAGAAGUUUUUUCCCUACUGCAGUCACUUUGCUGAACAGUUAACUGUCGGCUAACUAUUACUUGGAUUGCACUACUUGUAUGUAUAAUCUAUAUUUUCAUUUAUAUUUAUCAUUAUUAUUGUUAUGAGCAGAGAGACAACAUCUGCCGGAAGUAAAUUCCUUGUAUGUGCACACGGUACUUGGUGAUUAAAGUCUGAUUCUGAUUCUGA